UCUGAGUUGGGACGCCACCUUGUAGCACUUUCCAACCUCUGUGAGGGCAAGUUCUCGGUCGCCUACGGUGAAGCCUGACGAAAGGAGCUCGAGUCGGGUACCAGUCUCCGGGCCAAGCGCAGGGGCGGGGCUAGUUGCUAGGAAGCCGGGUUCCUGCCAAUCACCUGCCCGACUCUCAGGUGGCGGUGCGCGGCUCGCAGCGUCUUUGGUAACCCGGACCGCUGUGAAGGAGAGGACGAAGGGCAGUGAGCGGUGGGCUGCCUGCGUGGGGGGCUGCGGAGGUACUCCGGGGUUCCCAAUCGGGUCCCGGUGGCCGGAGGAGAAGGAGGAGGACGGCAGCCCUCACUCCUGCUGAGAGGUAGCGGACGUCCUUGGGUGCACCUGAAGGACGGGGACAAGGACCAGGCGCGGUUCCGGAUGCGGGCGUGUUUGUGUUCAAAUAUAGGUGCCCAUUGGAAUUUAUUUUCAUCCACUGUUUUUAAUGUAAGGAGGGGAAAUGACGGCUGGUUCAGUGUGUGUCCCUCAAAUCAUUCCCCUGCGGGUGCCUCAGCCCGGAAAAGCCAACCAUGAAAUUGAUAACAAUACGCUUUUGGAAAUGAAAUCAGACACCCCAGAUGUCAACAUAUAUUAUACCCUGGAUGGCAGCAAACCUGAAUUCCUAAAGAAAAUUGGUUAUGGUGAAAACACUACGUUGAAGUAUAUGAAGCCUAUUACUCUGCCUGAUGGAAAAAUACAAGUUAAAGCUAUCGCAGUGUCUAAAGACUGCAGACAGAGUGCCAUGGUAACAAAGGUGUUUCAGGUGGACUAUGUACUGCCAGAUACAGUCCCUUCAGAAGACGAUGUGGAAAAUGUUCUCAGAGACCCUCCAGAGCAGGAACUGAAAAAUGGAUUGGUUGAAUCAAAAGGGAGGAAGAAAUAUAAGAAUGUUGAAAAUAAACUGGGUUGGAAUGUUAACCUUGGAAAGUUUCCAGACGUGGGUGAAAGAACUGACCCUAAAACUUUGAAAGAUCUUCGGUUCUCAGAAAGCCCACGGGAAACCCCAGCUUUCCGUGAAGAAUCAGGCUCUCGACCAGCCACCCAGCAGCCCCAGUUCCCUGGUUUUGCACAUAUAACUGGCCAGAAGAGUUUGACAAGCACAGAGAUCAUGAGGAUUCAAAGGGAGACAGACUUCCUCAAGUGUGCCCACUGCCUUGUGCCCCGCCCGUCUGACCCCUUUGCCCGCUACUGUCUAGAAUGUGGCUCUUCUGUCCCGCCCAUAUUUGGCUGUCGUCUCCCACCCCCAGAAGGAGCUCAGAUGGGCUUAUGUGCAGAAUGUGAAAACCUGGUGCCCGUGAAUACGCCCAUCUGUGUGGUCUGUGAGGCUCCUCUCACUCCACAGCUGCAGCCACAGGCCAACCUCCGCUUGAAGGAGAAAGCGAUCUGCCGCACCUGCGGCACAGGGAACCCUGCUCACCUGAGAUACUGUGUCACCUGUGAGGGGCCCCUGUCUUCAUCACAAGAGCCUGGCGUUGCAACUUGCUACUCCGUUUGUUGUAAAUGUGGAGCCAGCAAUCACCCAUCUGCACGAUUCUGUGGCUCCUGUGGUAUUUACGUGAAGUCCUUGGCAAGACCUAGUGUGGAGAACAGCUUGGCUCCAGCUGCUGGAGAACCUGGCCCUUUUGCUGAGCCUCCAUCUGCCUGGCAGCCCCUAAAUGUUCCUUUGCCCAAGCCUGAUGCUGGGCCUAAGAAGGAUGUGGGCACACAGACCACUGGCCUGUUCUACCCGUCUGGGACCCUCCUGGCAAAAAAAGAACUGGAAAUGGCUUCUCAGAAGCAGAGGCAGGAGAAAAUGAGUGACCAUAAACCUCUCCUCACAGCCGUCAGCCCAGGGAGAGGAUACUGGAGAAAACAGGUGGACCAUAUCUCCGCUCACCUCAGGUCUUAUGCUCAGAACAACCCUGAAUUCCGGGCCCUGAUUGCAGAGCCCAGGAUGGGAAAGCUCGUCUCUGCUACCGUCCAUGAGGAUGGCUAUGAAGUUAGCAUCAGGCUGAAUUAUAUUCAAGUCUCAAACAAGAACCUUUACCUGAACAAGGCGGUGAAGUUCAGCGACCACUUUCUGAGCAGUGUCACCGAGGGAGGGAACGGGCUUUUCGGCAGCGGGUCCAACCUGGUGAGUGACUACAGCCAGAGCACCCCAGACACCACGGAGAAGGUCACAAGGACCAAGAAUUUCAAGACCAAAACGUUUCAAGAGAAGCAGCAGCAGCUUACGCAGUGUGUUUUUACUUUAUGGAGGCAAAACCUUUAAAAUCUCUCAAGAUUAUUCACUGGAAUUAUUUUAAAGUUCUCCUCAGUCUCCUGAAUCACCUGUUUCCUCUGGGGUCAGUUCUAUCUGCUCAUCUUUCUCUUUCUUGAUUUUGGUUUGUCUCGAACAUGUGAUGAUCCUUGGUUGCUAGGUCAUGUUGAUAAACGAAGGGCUAGUUUGAUUAGCAUGAGUGCCCAGCUGGGUCUGUGGGCCUGAGGUCUCUGUGGGUGGAGGAGGGUCCUCGAAGUUGCCAGCAUGGGAAGGCCUUUCCUCUGCUGGUGAGCACGGUAGUGGGAGUGCCGUGGUGGUUUCCACUCCUUCCUGGCUCUCCAAACCCGUGCCACGUCUGGGCUCUGCCCUUCGCCCUUCCCAGGCCCAGUGCUCCCAGGAGAAGCCUCUGUUAGGCCAAUUGUGAACUGUAUGGAAAAUAGUAUCAGGGUUUAAGCAGGGAGAGCGGAGAGGAUGCCAGCCAUCCCUGUGAUUCAUGAUAAAGCCCUUUAAUAACACGCUGUGGAUUCAGCCACACCCAACGCCCGCCCUCCUGCUGGGCUCCCUGGAGAGAACACACUCACGUUUCUGGGGUCUGCAGCUGGUUUUCCUCUUGGCUUUGAUUUCCCUGUCAGUCUGAUUCCAUCUGCUUUCAAUCUUUGGGAUUCUUCAUUUCUGAUCCAUGCAUGGUACCUUUUCCCGGUUUCCCUCAGCUGUUAGAGUUUUGUUCUUCACAAUUAUGGAGCAUGAAUAGUUUUAACGGGAGCUUUGGAGAGACAGUGGGUGCCCUUGCUCACCCACCACCUUGCCCGCCGGUCGGCCGUCUUCGGCUGUGACAGCGAGCUGGAGGUGGACACAGGGUCAGUUCCCCCCUCCAGCCCCACCACUUCAGUCACGCGGGGCCCCGGGGCCUCCCGGCAGGCACACGGGCACCCAGCCGGGGCGGGGGCAGGGGGGGCGGCGGUUCUCCGCAGGCAGGUGGUCACACUCGGGCUGAUUUUGAACACCUUAUAAAGCAUGCAGCGUAAACUUUAGGAUUCACCUGGUUGCUUUUCCUCGAAAUAUUCAUAAUAAAACUGGUGUGUGGUUUCUGGGGUUUUACGAGGUUUCUCAUUGCAUCCCUGCCCUUAAUAACACGAAAAAAUGUCAGUGUGGUGUCCUUCCCCCAGGCAAGGCCUCAGAGACUGGCUAGAUUUACAUUAGAUGUGUUUAUCUGUGCUGCUGGCCGUUGAAGACCACAUACACAUACACGCACACCCCACACACACAUCACACACACACAUACACGCUCGUGCUCACACUCACCUGUCCCUGGGACUCAGAACUUACCCAGGAGAGGAAACAUUUGCCCUGAGGGUUGAGCCUGGACAAGUGGGGCGUGACAGUAAGAAGAUUUUGCGGCCAUGCAAA